AUGACGAGAACACUUCGUUAUCCCCGUUUGAUGUCGAUUGAGAACUUUCGAAGCCCCAAUUUUCAGCUGGUGGCCGAAUUAUUGGAGUGGAUUGUGAAAAAAUUCGAGCCAGAUGCAUCUUUAGAUGCCACUUCGAUUUCUACAGAAGCCGAGAGAGUGGAAUUUGUCAAAAAUGCGGUUCUCCUGAUGCUCCAGAAUUCGAGAAUUAAAAUGAACCCCAAAAAGUUGUAUCAGGUGCGUAUCACUCGUCAACUAUCCAAUCAGCUACCGGAAACUGGAGCAUUGCUCAGCGAGUUACUGUCAAAACAGGAAUAUCUUAGCAAUCAACACGAGAAGGCCGCUGCCAGGAGCAUACCAUUGGCAGAAGCCGAGAAAUUGCUAAAUGCGACGAUUCAGGGCAUUGCUCAGGAUGCUGAGCAAUUGGCUAACAAACUGAACAAUGUGGCAAGCGACGAGGCGGAGCUAGAUGAGAAAAUCGAGCGGAAGAAGCGAGAAUAUGAGCAGUUACAGAAGAGAUUUGCUAAAUUACAGGCAUUCCGUCCACAGUAUAUGGAUGAGUACGAGAGAUUCGAGGAGCGCCUUCAGAAACUUUAUGAGGUGUACGUCUUAAAUUUCCGAAAUCUGGCGUAUCUUCGAAAAGUGCACGAUGAUCUGGCACGAUCUGAACGUCAGAGACAAGAAGAACUGGAAAAAGCCAUGAGAUUGACUGUUGAAAAAAUGCGAAUGGAACAAGAACGAAAAGAUGCGAUCGGUUUGGCUGAUGACGAUACAGAUGCGCCUUUAAUCGAUAGACGACAGUAUGACGAUGACGACGAUGAUGAAGACGAUGAAAUCAUUCGAAUGGAGGAAAAUCCAAAAUUAGCUGCGAAAACCGCUAAAAGUGUUGAUACCGAGGAGGAAGAGGAGGGCAAUGAUUAUAUGAUUGGGAUCAAUGUGCCACGUGGUGACGAUGCAAAAUCGGAUUUGAGCAGUGGAGAUGAUUUUUGA